AUGCAAGUCAAACCUCAACCCUUAUGCGGGUCGUCGGCGCAUCUUCCCCUCUUGGAAGGCAAUCCGGUCGAGGGCCCAUCCCAGCACCAAGGCGUCCUUCAAAAGCAUCGCGCUGAGCGAUCUUACAAAAGUCACAACGUCACGGCUCCACCACAACGGCAACGAGGCAGUCUGAGUCCGUCCGAGAACGCUUACGCGCAGCAGUGCGUCACUACAGGAACCUACUACACUGGCAAUGUACACGCACAACACAUUGGGCUUGCGGGCUUUGUAGUCGAAAGGUCGGAGAAGCAGAUCAGAUGUGAACUUGGUCGACUGUACAAAUUACUUCAACGAUCGGAAAAAUACCAGGCCUAUCGAGAGAAGCAGCCCGCUCUUACACCGGCUGAAGUUAUUGCAAGAGAUGCAGCGGAGAGGAAGGAGCAGGAAAGGAGAAAAGCGGAGGGUCUUCAGCAAGAGAAGGAUAAGACAGUCUGGCCCGAUUUCAUAGAGCAUGCCUUCUGGACAGCACUCGUAAGAUGGCCACCAAUGGGUCGAAAGAAAUACAUGCUCGAGGGCACACAGCGAGGGCGAAACGAGCUGAUCCAAGAUUCCAUCCACAGGGAUACAGGUAUCAGACGCGACCGUAAACAGAUUUCCAGUCACCUCCAGGCCUUCGGAAAGUUCCUAUCUUCCAAAGUCCUUCUAGAAAGAAGUGGCGGUGGCUUUGCCGUUGCUAUUCUUAGUGUCAUCAGGAGGGUUGCGCCAGGGCCUACCGGAACGAGACUAACCAGCACCAUAGUCCUUCUCUAUAUGGCCACACCAGAGGACGUAACGAAGCGCCGAUGCGCGAGCACACCGAUUCUUACAUGUCAUUCGUCACAUAUGCGUGGCCGCCAACAUGCGCAGCGCACUGAUUCUGUUACCAAAUAUGAGUACAACAUGGCCUCACCGCACGUGUGGCCGUAUCUCGUCGACCCACACCAGGACCUCGCCUUGGGUUCCGGCCCUGAAAUUCGCUCGCUAUCAUCGCUCUUCACACUCACAGACCUUAGCCUGGUCGUUGACGGUGAUGACCAGCCUGCGCACUGUUCGAUCGAAGCGCACUCGAACAGCAAGCUCGAUGAAUGGGAUAUCGCAGAUCUUGCCUCCUGGCAUCACCAAUACCCUGAAUUUGGCUUCCUGCGAUCCGAAACGGAUGACUGGAUGAGGAACGGUCGCAACGUUUUGGUCUGCACCGCACCCAUCAAGCUGAUGGCAGAAGUACGGCUAGAGGCUGACCUGACCAUCGCAUUCGAUCUCUACUCGCAUCUUGAUCUUUCCAGAUAUGAAUAUAUGGAGUGCAUGACGCGAUUCUACGACGACGGACAAGAUUUUGUCGAUUCGGAACUUGACAGCAUGACUCAUGACGGAAAAGAACAUCGCACGUCAUGUGAGUACCGGCCAGAUUCUUAUGGAUCCAAAGGCGUUUUGCGUGUCAAGUUCGACGCUGCCUUUUGGUUGACAUGGAUGAAACGGUGUGGCAAUAUGAGCUACAGAGAUGACAGACGUGUCCAAGACCCACGUCUCACAGCAGUACAGGAUAUAUACGGUAUCAUACCUGGUACCAACGAGGCUCAAUGUCUCUGCACCGUCCUUUGGAGAUUUCAACGGACGAGGAACUCAGCGGAAGCUGACAGCAUGAAGUGGCGUCCUUUCAAUUUCGUUAAGAAUCGGUCAGCUGCAGAAGCGAGAUGGUGCGAUGAGGCUGAAGACUACCAUGAAGAUCUGGGAGAUGUGGAGGGUGAGCAUGGGCAAGUCACGGAUGUGCCGAUAUCCACUCCUGCGAACGUCAUGCCAUACUACCAAACUCCACAGCUACGAGCGGACUUGGUACAAACACAUUCAUCGAAUCACUCACAUGAGAUUGAGUCUCAUCAUGAACGUCAUCCACCGCCACUUUCUAUCGAUAUACUUGGAUCCAUGCAAUCAGAUUUAGACCGUCUAGAGGGCUCUGCGGCUACCACUACAACAGGCUUCUCACAGCAAAGUUUCGCACUGCCACGCAAUCAAGCUACGUUGUCGUCGAGCGCGCACGACAGCGACUUCGACUUCAGCGAUGGUCACAUGACUACCAACGAUGUCUUUGAGCCUGCUAUAAACAUAUCGGCUUAUGGAAGCUUUCUAAGCCAGGGCGCUGGACUCGAAGGUUUGCAUGCACUUGCUGGCUUAGAAAACGAUGAGUUUGCGGCUAUGGGACUUGCUAUAGGCGAACAUGGCCAGUUAGUCCCUGUGAACGCAAAUGACCUGCAGACUCCUACCGAUCUAGCUUGCUUUUCCAUCAAACCUAACUGGCAACACCUACACCUCAUAUCGCAUCUCGAGCAUACAACUGAGCAGUAUGGUCCCUACAUUGACCCCUGCGAGUAUACAAAGCCAGCACAAGACCAUGAAAACUUACAUGGCCACGAUGUUUAUCAACGAAUCAAUCAAAGAGAGGAGUCGGUGGCAACUGGUCUUCAUGGUGUGCACGCUCACGCGGAUCAUAGCCUAUGGGACUCGCAAGGACUGCAGAGAUCAUUUGAGGAGAGGACUAGCAGUUGGAUGAAUCAACAGAAAGAGCAAGCCCAUAUUUCCGAGUUUGUUGUGCCAGAUCUGAUUGAGAAGAAUCAAAGGGAUAGAGGCUAUUAG